AUGAAACAAUUAUCAUUAAAACAUUUUCUUGUACGUUCACAAGCUAUUACAUUAUAUAGAGAUAUAAUGAGAACAUUAAUGAAAAUUGAUGAUCAAGAUUAUAGAAAAGAAAUGCGAGAUUGGACAAGAUAUGAAUUUAAUCGUUAUAAAAAUUUAACAGAUUUAGGAGAAAUAAGAACACAAAUUGCAUUAGGACGACGACAUUUAAAUGAAUUAAAAUUAUCAAUGAAGAUGGCUUCUUAA